CUCGUAAUACUCCCUCCCCGGUGUCUGCGCUGUGACCCAAAUCCUUGCCAGCUCCCCAGGGCCCAGCACAGCUUCACAGGAAUGCUCCCCCACGAAGCAUCUGAUUUUCUGCCCCCAAAUGUGCAGAGGAAGGCUUGCUUCCCCUCGCCCCACCCCCGCCUUUGCCACUGUGAGCUUAUAAAGAAGCCGUCAGAAGCAGGGUGUGCGAUUUUGCGGGCCUCCACGCAUCCCGUGACCCUGCUUUGUGGGCGUGAUGUGAUAAAAAGGGCCAGAAACCACACAGACUAGGUUCGGACCUCCCACUAACUCACUGCAUGACCUGAGUGCUCUGAGCGUUUGGCCUCUGUCUGCAAAGCAGGAGUGGUGAUUUUCAUACCCACAUACCAGGUGGGCAGCAUCCUCAACCGAAGGGCACAAGCAACCGCUCGGGGCUCAGGCCAGCAGAGAGCAAAGCUUGUGCCUGACGUGGAGCCUGUUUGCAAAGUCAUUUUUAUUAUGCCUUAUUCCACCCCACCGGGAUUAACAUGAAACCUGACACACGGUGAACCUCACAGCCGAGCAUCUUGCAAAUCUGUGGGGGACCAUUUCCUCAGUGGGUCUUAAAAACAGGCCAAGCUGCAAUUUUUAAAAAAAUCUUUCUCUCCUCUGCAAGAUUCCAUAAAGUGUCUAAGAGUGUAGGGGUCAUCGCCCCUCCCUUGGCCAAAAGAUCAGCUUUCAUUUUUAACCUCCUGCCAGUUCGAGUCCAAAGGCUCCCCUACCCAGGCCCCAUCUCAGUUCUUUGCGAGACAGACCCUUGCUCUGCUGCCGGGGCGGGGUCGGAAGGGUCUCUGUGGACCGGCUUGAUGUUUGCCAACGUGUAGCAAAUAGAGCUGGGACACCUGGUAGGCGUCAGAGCCUCGCGGGAUCCCCCGAAGCCCCACUGGGGGCAUCCCACCAUCGUCCUGUGAGAUCCCAGCUCCCCCAUUAGCCAGCCCUGUGCUCUGCCCUGUAGAUGACCAGCCGCCCUUUCUGCUCCCAGACGUCCAAGUGGCCCCCAGACCAGGUGCUCCUGCCACCCCAGGGGCAGCCGCUGGCCCAGUGAGGCCGGUGUGCACAGUCACAGGAGCGACAGCCCCCCACACAUGUGCAGGGGAGCCCACCAGGUCCCCGGCGAGGCGGCGGCCCCGUUGCACUUGUGCCUCUGGACUCUCUUCCUCUCUCUGUUCUCACUCCAUCUAACCCGCAAGGUGUGGCUUGCUGAACUAACCCAGAUCCAGACAUCGUGUUCCUUUUGUUCACAAAACCAUUUUUAAUAUUUUGACAGGAAAAGUAAAGGUAUCAAACAAAAGCAGAUCAUUCCAAAGGUAAACACGUGCGACACCGUCUGACACUGCCUUGCAAGCGCCUGGCUCAAGUUUUUCUGGAAAACUGGGGCGGGGGGCGGGAGGUGACUUUUAACUUCUCAAGCUUCUUUGUUUCCUUCCCUUUCCUAUCAUCUCCCCCUUCCCCUCUAGAAAACAGUGUCUCCUGUUGAAAUGAUACAGAGGUGUCUUUGUUUGGGUUUCCUAGAGGCAGGGCCUGUGACGGGGAUCUCUGCACAAGUGGUGUUUAAGGGGGAGCUCCCGGGAGAAACCCGAAGCGGGGGAGGGAGGGGGAAGCAGUCUGGGCAGGGUCAGGACUGAGCCAGGAGGUGGGCUCAGCCUGAUCCCCCGGGGAGCCCAGGAGUGUUUACCACAGAGCUUAUCUCGCCAAGAGGCGAUGGGACCCUUCUGUCAUAUCCCCACAUCAGGGGUCUUUAGCUGCGAGCCACCUCCAGAGGGCGGGAUGGCUGCAGCACCUCGUGGGCGUCCAGGGAGAGAAGGCCCUUCAGCCAGAGUGGUCCUGUCAGGAAGGGGGCAGCUUUGCACCGCUGGCAGCCAAGACCCCAGCAGCUGGCCUUGGGUCAAGUGCACCCAGACGCUCUGUCUAGUCUCUACGUACAGCGUGCAGACGGAGAUAUAAAGCAACCCCUCAAUCUGGCCAACAGGUGGGACAGCGCUAGUCCCCCUCGUCAGCGACAGUAAGGUUGGCCCAUGAGCGAGGGCUGGCCGGAUGAGCGCACGUGGAAACACGAGGUGUUUGGCAUCCCUUGAGCUGCGAGGAAGGAAGCCAGCACUCCGUAGCUCUUGGCUUCUGGGCACUCGGGCCACAAGAGGCUGUAAUCAGCCCGCCCGGAGGCAGCACCAUCCACAGGACACAGCCCAGGCCCAGUACCCCUGUCACCGCCACCAGGCCCAUCUGCCCCCACCCUGUCUCUGACAGCACAGCCCUAAGACUGAGCCUCAGAGCUGCUACCCGGGAGGGGCAUUGUUGUGGCUCCGGGGACGUCCGAGAGGCCUCCCAGUGCCCGCUGGGGCUUUGGGAGGGCAGGCCGGACCCUGUGUUUCUAUCCUAGAACCUGCUGGACUCCAAAUCCCUGAAGCUCAUCAUCAGUAUGACCCUGCACGACCGCACCACCAAGUCCCUGCUGCACCUGCACAAGAAGAAGAAGCCGCCCAGCAUCAGCGCCCAGUUCCAGACAUCCCUUAAUAAGCUCCUGGAGGCGCUGGGGAAGGCAGAGCCCUUCUUCAUCCGCUGCAUCCGCUCCAACGCCGAGAAGAAAGAGCUGUGUUUCGAUGAUGAGCUGGUGCUGCAGCAGCUGCGCUACACAGGCAUGCUGGAGACCGUGCGGAUCCGGAGGUCAGGCUACAGCGCCAAGUACACGUUCCAGGAUUUCACGGAGCAGUUCCAGGUACUGUUGCCCAAGAAUGCCCAGCCCUGCAGGGAGGUUAUCUCUGCCCUGCUGGAGAAGAUGGACAUAGACAAGAGGAGCUACCAGAUCGGCAAGACCAAGGUUUUCCUGAAGGAGACGGAGCGGCAGGCCCUGCAGGAGACACUGCACCGGGAGGUCGUGCGGAAGAUCCUGCUCCUGCAGAGCUGGUUCCGGAUGGUGCUGGAGCGCAGGCACUUCCUACAGAUGAGGCGGGCGGCCGUCACCAUCCAGGCCUGCUGGCGGUCCUACCGCGUCCGCCGGGCACUGGAGAGGACGCAGGCAGCAGUGUACCUCCAGGCCGCGUGGAGGAGCUACCGGCAGCGGGCAGCCUACCAACUCCAGAGACAGAGCAUCAUCCGCCUGCAGAGCCUCUGCCGGGGGCACCUGCAGCGCAGGAGCUUCAGCCAGAUGGUGGCAGAGAGGGAGAGGGAAGCCCAGCGAGCCGCCAAACAGGAAACCGCAGAGACCGGGCCGGGCUGGGCAGCUGGGCAGGAACCCUCGCAGGGCCCAGAACCACCCAAGGACGGCGAGCAUUUGGAGCUGGAGCCCGAGGUGUGGCCCAGUGACAGGUCCCCCGUGGAGAGCUCCCAACCGGAGAAGGCGCCCCCAGCCCAGAAAAACGCAGCCGAAAGUCACGAGAAAGUGCCCAGCAGCCGGGAGAAGCGCGAGUCGCGCCGGCAGAGGGGGCUGGAGCACGUGAAGCUCCAGAACAAGCACAUCCAGUCCUGUAAGGAAGAGCACGCCCUCAGAGAACCUUCCGGAAGGGCCGUCCCAGAGCCACAAGAGAGCCUCCCAGAAGACAGAAAGGAGGACAGAGAAGAUGAAAGCCCUAGGGACGCAAGGACGGAGACAGGGAUGGCUCCUCCUGAAAAGCAGCCCGAGGAGCCCCCGCAGCCCGCGUCGGGCAGCCCGGUCUCAGCUGAAGCCCAGGGCGGGAGCCCCAGGCUCGGCCACGUGGAACGACCCACCAGCCUGGCCCUGGACAGCAGGGUCGGCAUGCUGGCCCCCAGUGCCACCCCGGAGACUCCCAAGGACAAGAGCAAGCCGGGGGUUGGCCCGAGGGCCCAGGACAGGCCCGAGAGCCCAGGAGGCUCCACCCAGAUUCAGCGGUACAGGGACCCAGACGCCGAGCGGCUGGCCAGCGCCGUGGAGCUGUGGCGGGGCAAGAAGCUGAUGACCGCUGGCCCCAGCACCAUGCUGAGCCAGUCCCUGGACCUCAGCGAGCGGCACCGGGCCGAGGGGGUCGCCCUCACGCCCACAGAGGAGAGGCGCAUUUCCUUAUCCACGAGCGACGUCUCCAAGCUCCUCUCGUCCCUGUCCCAGACCAAGACUCAGCCUUCUGCAGAAACCACAGACGGGGAGCCCAGCACGAAGAAGCUGGCCAUCCAGAAGAAGAAGUCGGGCGACGCAUCCUUGGGGACAGAUGCUGGGCUGUCCUCAGGCUCCGUCGAUUCUAAGUCCACGUUUAAGAGACUUUUCCUGCAUAAGAACAAGGAUAAGAAAUACAACCUGGAGGGCACAGAGGAGACAGAGAACACAGUACCCGGGCAAGUCGUACUGGAAGCCGCCGCCAUGAAGAAGAAUCUAGAAGCCCCCUCCAGCCACCAGCAACGCCACGCCACCGGCGAGAAGCACGCCAAGGAGCCAGGAGGCAAAGGGAAGAAGAACCGAAACCUCAAGAUUGGCAAAAUCACGGUGUCGGAGAAGUGGCGAGAGUCGGUGUUCCGCAAGAUCACCAACGCCAACGAGCUCAAGUACCUGGAUGAGUUCCUGCUCAACAAGAUAAAUGACCUGCGUUCCCAGAAGACUCCCAUCGAGAGCUUAUUCAUUGAAGCCACCGAGAAGUUCCGAAGCAACCUCAAGACCAUGUAUUCCGUCCCUAACGGGAAGAUCCAUGUCGGCUACAAGGACCUGAUGGAGAACUACCAGAUCGUCGUGAGCAACCUGGCGGCCGAGCGCGGCGAGAAGGACACCAACCUGGUCCUCAAUCUCUUCCAGUCGCUGCUGGACGAGUUCACCCGCGGGCACACCAAGAACGACUUCGAGCCUCCCAAGCAGAGCAAAGCUCAGAAGAAGAAGCGGAAGCAGGAACGUGCUGUCCAGCAGCACAACGGGCAUGUGUUCGCCAGCUACCAAGUUAGCAUCCCCCAGUCCUGCGAGCAGUGCCUCUCCUACAUCUGGCUCAUGGACAAGGCCCUGCUCUGCAGCGUGUGCAAGAUGACCUGCCACAAGAAGUGUGUGCACAAGAUUCAGACCUACUGCUCUUACACAAGUGGGAAGAAGAUCGAGCCAGGCACUGAGCCGGGCCACUUUGGCGUGUGCGUGGACAGCCUGACCAGCGACAAGGUCUCAGUGCCCAUCGUGCUGGAGAAGCUUCUGGAACACGUGGAGAUGCACGGCUUGUACACCGAGGGCCUCUACCGCAAGUCAGGUGCCGCCAACCGCACAAGGGAGCUCCGGCAGGCGCUGCAGACAGACCCCACGGCAGUCAAACUGGAGAACUUUCCCAUCCACGCCAUCACCGGGGUGCUCAAGCAGUGGCUGCGGGAGCUGCCCGAGCCCCUCAUGACCUUCGCCCAGUACGGCGACUUCCUCCGCGCUGUCGAGCUGCCAGAGAAGCAGGAGCAGCUGGCCGCCAUCUACGCCGUCCUGGAGCACCUGCCAGAAGCCAACCACAACUCCUUGGAGAGGCUCAUCUUCCACCUGGUCAAGGUGGCCCUGCUUGAGGACGUGAACCGAAUGUCACCCAGCGCACUGGCCAUCAUCUUUGCGCCCUGCCUCCUGCGCUGCCCCGACAACUCGGACCCGCUGACCAGCAUGAAGGAUGUCCUCAAAAUCACCACGUGCGUGGAGAUGCUGAUCAAAGAACAGAUGAGGAAGUACAAAGUGAAGAUGGAGGAGAUCACCCAGCUGGAGGCUGCCGAGAGCAUCGCCUUCCGGAGGCUCUCUCUCCUGCGACAAAACGCUCCCUGGCCUCUCAAACUGGGGUUCUCGUCUCCUUAUGAGGGGGUCCUGAUCAAGAAUCCCAAGACCCGGAUGAGCAGCAGCGCUGGCCUGGAGGAGCUGGGGGUGCUGCCAGAGGAGGAAGUGGCCGGUGGUGAAGAGGAUCGCGAGAAAGAGAUCCUAAUUGAGCGGAUCCAGUCCAUCAAGGAGGAGAAGGAGGACAUCACGUACCGGCUGCCAGAGCUGGACCCUCGGGGCUCCGAUGAGGAGAACCUGGACUCAGAGACAUCAGCUAGCACCGAGAGCCUGUUGGAAGAGCGGGCUGGGCGGGGGGCCUCGGAAGGGCCCCUCGCGCCUGCUCUCCCCUGCCCCAGCGCACCCACCCCGAGCCCCCUCCCCGAGGCGGCCGCCCCUCCUCGACGAAGGCCGUCGUCCUUCAUGACGGUUAGAGUGAAGACCCCCCGGCGGACCCCCAUCAUGCCCACGGCCAACAUCAAGCUCCCACCCGGCCUGCCCUCCUAUCUCCCUGGCCGGGCACCAGGUGCCCAGGAAGCUGCCACCCCGGUGAGGCGCCGAGAGCCACCUGCUCGCCGCCCAGACCAGGUACACUCUGUGUAUAUCACACCCGGCACUCACCUGCCCACUCAGGGCCCUCAGGAGCCCCUGGACAAGGACGACCGGCCACCCGGGACCAAGCGGAGGUACUCGGACCCCCCAACCUACUGCCUGCCCCCUGCCUCGGGCCAGGCCAAUGGCUGAGGGCCCACAGCUGUCAGAGUCCGCAUAUCCAAGGACGGCCCGGUGCCAGAGCUGGGUGCCAGAGCUCCAGAGCCAGCAUUCAGUGGUCUGAGAAGGAUCCGGAAUGAAAAGCUCCAAGAGCGAUGUGAGGUGGGCACCGACUCCAAGUGAGUGCAGGCAGGGAGAGGCUGGCUGAGGCCCGGCUGCCCUUGCUGAGCCCCUACAUCACACGGAGUUGCCCGCCCAGAGCGCCGCAUCAUGGCGGGCAGCCUGGCAUCUCCCAGCUCCCCUUUCGUACGUUUUUCUGGUCACUGUUUCUUUGGGCGUGGUUUACAUAACUUUAAACUGUAACAGCCUUAACAGAAGACCAAAUUGUUUUUUUUAUAUGUGUAUGUACAAACUUUUAUAUUAACACCCUGCAUCUCCCUUAUAACCUGGACAUGAGUCUUCAGAGUAAAGGCCACACAGCCGCGAAGCUUUGGAGGUUCAGACCCACGCUGAGGGACAGCUCGGGGGACAGUCUGAGGGCUAGGACCCUGCACGAGGGGUUUGGACACUUGUGGCCCGACUGCCCCAAGUCUGUCUUGGACUCGUAUUCUGGCCCGGCAGUGGCCACCUGGCCGACGUGCAUUCGAGGGAACAGUGAGCCUUCCGUAGUGAUCAAGACUGUUGGCUGGAGCCAGGACACGAGGUGGUAGGCAGCCUCCACUCCAGGCACCACAGACCUCACAUCCCAGGGAGGCUCGAAGGUGGCCAUCACUCCUUGGUCCACUGUGCCCUGGACACAGGAGGCUGGAGGAGGCCACCCUUGGCACUGCCCACCCCAUGUGGCAGAACAGGAGCCCUCAACUCAGGACCACUCAUGGGUGGGGAGGGCAAGGCCUGGGGUUGUAUGUUCCUACAAGUCUACAGUGACAGCCAGGACAUCUGGCAUCUCCGGAGCGGGGCUCCCCUCUUAGGCUCAGCCCACUCUCCAGACACCUGGACACAUGGCCCCAGGUCUGGAACAAGAGGCACCCACAGGCCAUGUGAAAUUAAAAAAAAAAGUGCCUGAGAGGUGUCUGCAUGCAGUUCCUACUCAGGCCAGCUCCAGGCUGAAAGAGCAGGGGUUGGCGGGUGGGGGUCAGCCCUGUGGCCUCAGCCAGGAGGGGUACAGGGCAGGGAUUGGGCCCCUUGCCUGGAAGGAGCUGCCUUGUUCCUCCAACCGACUUUGCUGUUUGUUUGCUGGAAUUUGACACAUACUUUUCACACAAGGGACGUGGGCUUUGCUGGAAGUUCUUUUUAUUGAUCCAGAAAGCUGGGAAAGCAGGCAGCUCCUGGCAGAACCACAUUCAGUGAGGAGUCUGCUGUCCUGGGAGCUGCCUCCUGUCACACCUAGCCUCUCCCCAGCUGGGGCUUAAAUGUCAACUGAUGGGGCCAUCCACCCUGGGUGGGGCGUGGGGAGUCAGUCCUGGUGGACCCACUACAACCAGAAGCAACACUACUACCACCACCACCGCCAACCGCCACAGAAGAGCUCCCAGGUUGCAACCAGAUGGGGAGUUGUGGGAACUGGUUGGCAGGUGGGUCCUUUGGGGCGGGGGAGUUGGAGACCAUGACAAACCGGAGUUUCAAUGGCACAUGCAAGGAAGAGUUGGCGGGCUAGUCCAAGGCCACACAGCUGGAGUGGGGUGGGGCUGGGAUUCAGACCCUGCCCUGUCUGCCUCUAGAGCCCCCUUUAUCAAUACCCUGAGUUUGGUCUCAUCCAUGGUACUUUACAGGGCACCAGGCCCACUGGUGUGACCUGGACACAGGUGACCUGAAGGAUGGGGAGAUGGUUAAGGGCUGCAUGCCAGGCUUCAGUCCCUGUGAAGCCCCCAUCCUCACCCUGUCCACUCCAGGAGGGGGGACUCGAACAAGGGGCCUUGGCUUCCUGAGGACGCAGGGGGGGGUUCCAUCCAUGGGGGUCUGGGCAUUGGGCGUGACCUUUCACUCCCAGGUUUAGCCCAUGUCACUGCCUCACGGCCAGUUUCCCAAGGGAGGAGACAGGUCCAGAAAAACUUAAGAAACUCGCAGAAGGCCACGGUGGGAGGUGGAGUCAGAGUCAGGGCUGGGACGGGACAUCAUAGCUGCAAAAGUUUGGAAAUCGUAGCCCGUUGAGUCUUGGAUUCCGAAGUCCCAGGUCAGAACCUCUCCCCCAGGAGAAUCUCCCCCAGGCUGCCUGGCUGCGGAAGAGCUCAGUGUGGGAAGAACCCAGGAAGGAGUGGGGAGCGAGGGAGGAAUUUUGAGCAGGGGGGGAAGUAAUGAGCAUGUCACGCGUUGCACGUGGGCCUGAAACGAAGGACUCGACCCUUUCAACCC